AUGUCUCCCACUCAACGUCUCUUAUCCUUCCUAACUUCAGGAUCACGAUUGGAGGAUAAAAGUUCCAAAGAGUUCCUUAACUUCAGUUACCAAGGUGUCCUUUCUGGGAGUCAUCAUAUUGACAGAAUCUCGCAGAAUAAAAUCUCAGAAGCAUGUCUGUUCUGCUUCUCCAAUUGUAGGACAGUGCAUGGAGGUAGUGGGCCUAAUGGUGGCGGCUUCGAAUGCAGUUCAGUUUGCCCACUUUCACUUAAGCCCUUUUCAACUGUGUAUGCUCAAGCAGGGGACACAAAUUAUCUUCAGUUAAAUCAAGUGAUUGCGUUGGAUUUGUCAGUAAGACAAUCUUUAUCCUGGUGGAUGGAAAGUUCUACCUUGAUUCAUGGGGUGACCUCAGAUGCCAGUCUUUUGGUUUCUCCAAAUGGGAUUGGAGCAACUACUGAACAACCAAUUCAAACAUGCCUAAGGAAGGGGGACUUUGAGAUGGCUUACCUGUUGCUGAGCAUGGGUGCCAAUCCAGAAAGUGUAUCCAUAGUGCAGGGAGACACUCCCCUGCAUGCAGCAGUUUCUGUUGCCAUAAUAAAUAAAGAUGACAAUGGAAUUUUGAUAAUUAAAUAUCUUCUAGACUUAUACUCUUCUGAUCCAUCUUCUUAUCUAUAUUUAAAUCCUAAUGCCCAAGACAAAAUUGGGGAUACCAUAAUGCACUUGCUGUUUCAAAAUGAAUACACCAAAACAUAUCCAAAAAUAAUGGAACUACUUGCAAGAUACGAUAUCAAACUUACAUUAAAAAAUAAAAUGGGUAAAGAUGCAAAGCAUAGGAUAAAGAACACAGAUGCCCGACUAAAUGCUUGGAAUGAAGCUAAAAAGAAAAACAAGCGUAAUCCCUCAAGUGCUCCUUCAAAACCGAAUAAGACUACAGUAAAAGGAAAUGCAAUACAAAAUAAACCUCAGAUUAAGCUGCAAUUGCAGAAUCAGUUCCCAACUGAAUCAACAUGUGACAUUACUACAAAUGUAACUGGUCAAAAUGUAUCUAUAGAACUGCCAAGUGAAAAGGUGGAAGAGACAAAGAGACCAAUGACUCAGAAAGAAGCUUUUCUUCAGACCAUAAGAGAUCUAAUACAAUUUAUGGAAAUGUGCAAAACUCCAUCUGGGACUGACAAUGUAAAAUUGCCUACAAAUCUGAAUACCACUGAAGAGGAGCAUAAGCAGGAAAGUCUGAUCCUCUCAAAUUCAGACCAAGUGGUUGACGACUGCAAUGAAGAUAAUUCUGUUGUUAAUAAUGUGGACAACGUAAAUCUUGACAAUGAAUUGGUGGCCAUUGCUAACAUUGAAGAAGAUUAUGACCUAUUGGAGGAAGACUUGGAUCUCUCAAAUACUGACUUCAGUAAUAUGACAUGGGAAAUAGAGUGUGCUCCUGAAGCCUUGAAAAAACUAGAAAGCAAAGCAUUACCUCGUUACAUGAAAAAUAAAAUCAUUCUAUCCAUUCAGAAGCUCGGAAAUGGAGAAUGGACACGUAGCCUACACAAAAGGCUUAAACACUUGAACAGUGAUAUUAAACUCUAUGAAAUGAAGCUUGAUAAAGGUGCUAGAAUGCUCUGGGAACUUGCUAUUGACUUCUCUCCACGUUGUAGUGAGGAUCCCGAAAAGAUAAUGUCAACUGAAUUGUCUUUCCAAGCCUCAGCAAAAACUGGGAGGAUUUACACCGAAAUGAUUAGGAUAUGGGAUAUUAUUAUGGAUCACAACAAACUAAGAAAUGCUAUUGAAGGUAUUUGUAGUGCCUAUAACCGAGGCCUGAGCUGUAUACUAAGGAAAAGACUUAAGGCUAUAUCCAACAUACAACUCUCAAAUGUAGAAAAGCGAAUUCCUAGUUGUUUUAUGGAAGAUAUUGAAUUAGAAAGGAGAACAGAACAUAUUAUGCCUGAUUAUUUUCCACCAGCGAGCGCAGCUGAAACUGAAUACAAUAUCAUGAAAUUCCACAGUUUUAGCACUGACAUGGCACUUAACAUAUUACACAACAUAAAUUCCCGAGUUGAGUACCCAUUCAGAGUUGGUGAGUUGGAGUAUGCAGUAAUUGAUCUUAAUCCCAAGCCUCUGGAAAGCAUUAUCUUAAUAGGGAGAAGUGGAACAGGAAAAACAACUUGUUGUUUGUAUCGACUCUGGAAGAAGUUCCAUUCUUAUUGGGAAAAAGCUGAGUCAGUUGAUGGUCCCUGGCUUGUGAAACAGACUUGGCAAAGAAGAAAAUAUGAACCUAGCACAGAGGUAGAUGAAACUGAUGAUGAAGAGGUUUCAGAAUCCGAGUCUAGCAGCAUAGAAGAAGACCAGUUAUCACUGGAAGACAAGAAUUUGGAAACAGAAGAUCUAGCAUCUGAAUCAGGAGAAAGUGAAGAAGAAUCUGUCAAACUUGAACACUUUCACCCUAUAUUUAUUACUAAAAACCAUGUCCUUUGCCAUGAGGUGCAAAAAAAUUUCCUUGAGUUAAGCAAGUCUACAAAAGCAACAAGUCAUUUUAAGCCCAUUGAUUCUAAUGUAUACAGGUUGCAAGAGAUUCAAGAUGAAAAUUUCCCCAUGUUUGUUACUUCUCAGCAGUUGUUGCUAUUACUGGAUGCAUCCAUGCCUGAGCCAUUUUUUCCCAGAAAUGAAGAUGGAAGCCUUAGCAGAAGUAUUAUUGGAUGGUCCACAAUGGAUGAAAUGGACAUAUCGGAUCUGUUGAGAGAGGAUGAUGAAUUUGAUGCAGAUCCAGAAAAUGAAGAAGAGGAAAAUGUUAGUGGGCCAAAAGAGAAUGAUCCACGUGUUUUUGUCACCUUUGAGUUGUUCGCCAAGGAAAUCUGGCCAAAGAUGGUGAAAGGAAAAUCUCCAUAUAAUGCUGCACUGGUCUGGAAAGAGAUAAAGUCCUUUUUAAAAGGCUCGUUCGAAGCAUUGAAUUGUUGUCAGGGAAAACUUACAGAAGACCAAUAUAUUAAACUUGGGAAGAAAAGAGCCCCAAACUUUAAAGGAGACCGAAAGGAAAUUUAUUGUCUCUUUUGCUUGUAUGAGCAAAUUAAAUCCAAAAAUGGGUAUUUUGAUGAAGAAGAUUUCCUAUACAAUUUGUCUUGUAGACUUUCAAACCUUGAUGUACUACCAUGGUCCAUUCAUGAGCUUUAUGGGGAUGAGAUUCAGGACUUUACUCAGGCAGAGCUCUUCCUACUUAUGAGAUGCAUCAAUGACCCCAAUGCCAUGUUCCUUACAGGGGACACUGCACAAAGCAUCAUGAAAGGAGUUUCUUUUCGUUUCAGUGAUUUGAGAUCCUUGUUCUACUUUGCAAAUAAGAAUUGCCAUAGCGACUCCAAGGACUGCAUUGUACGGAGACCAAAAAGGAUAUAUCAACUUUACCAAAAUUAUAGAUUUCAUUCUGGAAUUCUGAGUUUGGCUUCUGGUGUUGUGGACUUAUUACAGCACUAUUUUCCGGAAUCAUUUGAUCGAUUGCCCUGUGACUGUGGCUUGUUUGAUGGUCCAAAACCAACAGUGUUGGAGUCCUGUAGUGUUAGUGAUCUGGCAAUGUUGCUACGUGGCAACAAAUGAAAAACCCAGCCAAUAGAGUUUGGAGCACACCAGGUGAUUCUUGUGGCAAAUGAGAAGGCUAAGGAAAAUAUACCAGAAGAGCUUAGCUUAGCUCUUAUUCUGACCAUUUAUGAAGCCAAAGGUUUGGAAUUUGAUGAUGUUCUUCUCUACAAUUUCUUCACAGAUUCAGAGGCUUCCAAGGAAUGGAGAAUAAUUUCUUCUUUCACUCCAGUUUUUUAUUUGAAUGAUAAGAAUCAGCCUCUUAUUGAAGUCCCGUUGGAUAGCCUCUCGGCAUCUACUAGUAGACCCUUCACUUUAAACCCAGAAAUGCACAAGCUGCUGAAUGGAGAACUCAAACAGCUAUACACAGCAAUUACUAGAGCCAGAGUGAAUCUUUGGAUAUUUGAUGAGAAUCUGGAAAAACGAGCACCAGCUUUUGAGUACUUCAUCAAGGGGAACUUUGUAAAAGUAGUCCAGACAGGCGAAAAAAAAGCUCUGGAUGAUAACAUGUUUGUUAAGAGCUCCACUAAGGAGGAAUGGAUUGCACAAGGAGACUAUUAUGCCAACAACCAGUGUUGGAAGGUUGCAGCCAAGUGUUACCAGAAGGGCGGGGAAAGCGACAAAGAGACACUUGCAUUUGCUCAUGAUGAAGUUUUAACAUUACAAGCUAAAAAAAUCAGCCAAAGGGAAAGGCAAAUGGAAUAUUUGAGACUUGCUAAAACCUACUUGGAAUGCAAAGAACCAAAACUUGCUCUGAAAUGCCUAACAUUCGCUAAAGAGUUUCGUCUAUGUGCAGAACUCUGCAAGAAACUGGGAAAGGACGACUACUAUAAAAAAAGCCAAGACAACAGAACUGCUGCUAAAUGUUUUGAGCAAACUGGGGAAUAUGAACUUGCAUUGAACAUCUACAAGCAAGAGAAAAUGUAUGAAGAAGCUAUUGAUGUCAUUGAAAGACUCAAAAAGAAGCUACCAGAUGUACAACUUCAAUAUACAUCCAAUCAGUUGUAUUUGGAAGCAGCAGCAGAUUAUUUCCAUAAUAAAAAUUUGAAGAAAAUGAAUGAUGUUUUGUCAAAACUUGACAUAGAAGACCAACUGUACUUUCUGAAAACACGUAAGCUGUGGAGUGAAGCAGCUGAGCUGCUUAAAAGUAAAGGCCAAAGUGAAGAUGCUGCUGUUUUGAUGAGGGAGCAUGGAAAACUAUUGGAAGCUGCAGACUUAACAACUCAAAAUCCAUUCAGAGCGUCAUGCUUACUUGCUGUAGCACGUCGUGCUAUUGUGGAAAGCAGUGAAGAUACUGACCUAUUAACUGUUCUCCCUGAGGCCAUUCAACUCUUUGAAAAAUCACAGAAUCAAGCAGCUGUUGCUGAGACAAUUCUUCUUCAAGGAAUUGUAGAGAGAGAUUUUGAGAUGAUCAAAAACUCCCUUAAUACAUUUUUUAAAUUGUCCCACAUCCCUGGUGUAGUUGAAGCACUGUUUGAGUGUAUAAAUUAUGAGGAGUCUGAUUCAUCAGUAAUUCGAAUGGCUUCAUCAGGAUUACUGUCUCUGAUAGACUUGGUCAAAGCAUUAAAAGCAACCAAAAGCAAUGCAGAGAGGGAAAUGAUCAAGUCUUGUUUUGAUUUUUUGGGGUUUGUGCAAAUCAAUGGACACCAGUACUCUAUCCUUCUGCACGAAGGUGCUAGAAUUUUAAAGACUGCAGAAGAAACCAUUGAGAAUAAUGACAUAAAAAGCAGUAACACUGUGUAUUGUUUGGCAAUUGAGGAUGUCAAUAUGUUGGUAGAAAAUUAUCUUCUAAAAAGGUUUUGUGACAUUUCUGCAAAAAUGCUUAGAAAUGUUUACCCAGACAUUUGUCCAAAGUAUAUCGUAGGUCUAAAUUGUGAAGAUGAAAAUUGCACAGAUUAUCACCAACCUGUGCAUCGAUAUGAGCUUAGACAGAUGCUUUUCUCUAAAAAAAAUUUAAUAACUAUCUGUGGAUUGAUGUUUGAAGCAAAAAAACUAUUUUCAAAAGAAGUCUCAAGUGAACUCCAAGACCUCCUAAAUUUGAAUGUUUUUCGAUUGUGUGAUUCCCUUUCAAAUUUGUGUUUUCCAAAGCAUUUUCAUUUAAGGAUCCUUUCAGAAAACAAUGUAGUGUGCGCAAAAUUCCAGGAUAUGCGUAUAAGGUUCCCAGAACCAUGUAAGACCAUGCUGAAUAAAUACAUUGAAUUACUUUUUGAUCAAAAAGACACAAAACAAAGAAGAGAAUCAACUGACCUCUGGCUAAAGGCAAUGUAUGUUUUCACCUUGUCUUCAGGUUAUCCCAAAAAACUAGAAUCAUUGGUUGCUGCCCAAGAAUGGCAAUAUAACAAGGAAUACAUCAAUAAAAAAGAAAAGAAACGGGAAAAAAUACUACUUGAAGGAAGAUUUGCAAUGUUGCUGCCUGACACAACCAAUGGUCCUAUAAAGGAGACACACAUACAUUAUUUUCGACUUCUUCAAAGUGCAGUAGAACAACUGUAUAUUAAAAAAAAUCCAGAGGAGUGCAAAAGAUAUUUUUUCAGAUUUAUGAAUGUUUUCAUCAAGAAAUGUAUUGAGCCACUGAUUCCAAGCAUUGCAAAUACAAUCAUGCUACUGGAGUUUCAGUUUAUCCUUUGCUCUGCUGUAUUGAUGCGCCUUUACUCUAACAUUAGGGUUUUACUCCCAAAAAGUUACAUUUCCUUACUCUAUCAUUGGGAGUUCAUGUUUGGAAGGAACUUAAUCAAAAAUGGACGAAUAGAUACACACUCAAUUUGGUGGGAAUAUGCACCAAAAGAUUUGAAGCAUGCCACAAGACAAUUCAAACAUCAUCUGUUCUACCUUGCCAAAGUUCUAUGUGGUGAAGAAGAAGAACAAUUCAAUGUCAUUCUUGAUGCAUUCAAUGACAUAGACUGUAUUUCUUCAGGUGAAGCCGAGAGAACAAUUGUGUUCUGCUUGGUGAUGAUGGUGAAUGUUGAAGGAGUUCUUGAAGAAGAAUCUAGUUAUACUUUGUGGAAACAUUUUCCAGUAAUUCAGACAAAACUUGAGCACAUGAAGGCCAAUUUUCCAUCAAGAGUGCCUAAUAGACUUGUUCAUGUUGUGAAUCAAGUUGCUGAUGCAAGCAGUACAGAAGAUGUUUGUACCAUUCUCCAAAGCCUUCUGAUUCAAAGAGAUGAUGAGCGUCUAGCAGAGUGCCGUUGGAGUCAGGUUGCCAAUUAUGGCAAAAGACCAGUGUAUGGAAUUCUCUAUAAUGAUAUGCUUUCUUUCAGAAAGUUUGAUCAAACUCAGUACUCUGUACACAAUUAUAUCCCACCCAAAAAUAGCUACCAAGAAGACUCUCAAGAAAAUGACAUAGUUGAUCCACUUGUAGCUCUGGCUUCACAAGUGCAACAGAAGCAGUCUGCUAUGCGUCAGCUUAAUGAGGUCCUUCUCCUUGUCUGCUUCUGUAUAAAAUGGAAACGGGCGCAUCACCAACACAUGAAGAGGCAAAUGGAAGCUGAAGAAUCCAUUCCAGAUACAUUCAAGAAGGCAGAUGUUGACCGUACACAGUGUGACAUAUGCGGAGUUAAAUUUUUACAACAAUUAAUCUCUUUUCAACCAGAGGAAAAUGAAGAGGGUGCGCCAGAGGAAAAUGAAGAGAGUGCACCAUUAACACCAACAACAGAUAAUGUGGAGGAAAUGGAAGAUUCUGAACCGUGUAAAUUGAAGGAUGAUGGCGAAGUGUUUACCACUCACCUUACACUUGGGACACACCAGGACCAAGUCAAGGCUUAUCUAGACUACCUUCAGUUUUUUAAACUGGCAGUUGAUAAUGUUCUUUGUGAAGGAAAGUGUUUUUUACAAGCAAUGCUGGAAACUGCUGGAGACCAUCUGGCUUCCAAAGAGGAGUUUCACCUGGUACAGACAAAGCUUGAAAGCAAAAUGAAGCGUGUGGCUGAUGCAAUAGAAGACAUUUAUGAGAAAAAGACUUGGGCUGAAGGUGUCCAGAAAGAGGCCAUGUUUGAACAUGAAAUUGACUACUUGAGUUUUGAUGAACUCAGUUACAAGAAGACAAAGAGGGGCAAGAGGAAAGCUAAACGACAUUAAUUUUAAAAUAAAAUAUUGAAGUGAAAAUGAUAUAGAGAAACGUAGCAAUAAAAAAAAAGUUUGAAUAGAAUAAAAACUGUGGUAAAGUUUGCCAAAAACUUUUUUUUCCCCUUUUAAAAUAUUUUGCUUUUAAUGCCCCAAAAAGAUUUUUUUUUUAAAUUUGCAAGAAAAAUAUAAGUUUAAAUUUUCUUGGAAUAUAAGUAAAAUUUAUAAGUUUAAAUUUUCUUGGAAUUUUAUUUUUUCCCUCCAUUUUUGUGUGUUUGCAAGUUAGAAACCUAGCACUGCAGUGCGUUUGUUACAUUCCAGGAAUCUGUUGCAUACGUUUAACCUUUUCUAAGUACAUGCUGUGUUUAACUAAUUUCACUGAAUUUCCUAGUUCUGUUUUUCACAAUUAAAUUGUAUUCAAUUUUUUAUAACUUCCUUUUUUUAAGACAAAAAUGCAUACUAUAGAAUUUAGAAAUAGAUUUUGCUACACAUAACUACAUUUUUGUCACAGG